AUGGUUGAGGAGGAAGCUAAGAGCCUGCCUAUGGAGCUGAGCGAGAAGGGGGGUGUGGAGAACAACGGAUUUGUUCAAAAUGAGGCUUUUGAUGACAAGGAGACUGAUACCAGUAGCCAAGAAGAAAUGCCGAAAACAUGCAUUGUUGAUACAGACCCAGCGGCUAUGGAGGAGCUGGCGUUGACCCGGUACAGAGUGACCAGGGAGAUUCUCUUCUGGCUCAUAAUCGCAGCUGCUGUUGCGCUUGUGUGCGCUACGAUUACGAUUAUCGCGCUCUCUCCAAAGUGCCUUGACUGGUGGCAGGCCAGUCCCAUUUAUCAGAUCUAUCCUCGUUCCUUCAAGGACAGCAACAUGGAUGGGAAUGGAGAUCUGAAAGGUAUCCAAGAUAAACUGGACCAUAUCACGUAUUUAAAUAUAAAAACCAUCUGGAUCACAUCUUUCUACAAGUCCCCCUUAAAAGACCUUGGCUAUGGAGCUGAAGACUUCUAUGAUAUUGAUCCCAUGUUUGGAUCAAUGAGCGAUUUUGAGAAUCUGCUUGCAGCCAUACAUGAUAGAGGGCUGAAGGUGAUAAUGGAUUUAAUACCAAACCACACAAGUGACAAACACCAAUGGUUUCAGCUGAGUCGCAAUCGGACUGGGAAGUACACGGACUACUACAUCUGGCAGGACUGCACGCAGGCUGCUGGUUCGGUCGCUCCUCCAAACAACUGGGUGAGUGUCUUUGGGAAUUCCAGCUGGCAGUACGAUGAUGUGAGAAAGCAGUGUUAUUUUCAUCAGUUUGGGAAAGAACAGCCGGACUUAAAUUUUCGCAACCUCGCUGUCCAACAAGAAAUCCAUGAUAUUAUCAAAUUUUGGCUCGGCAAAGGAAUCGAUGGAUUUAGUUUCAGCGCUGUUAAAUUUCUUUUAGAAGCAACACAUCUACGGGAUGAGCCUCAAGUGAACAAGUCCCAGAAUCCAGAAAGUAUCACAGCCUAUUCCCAGCUCUACCAUGACUACACGACCACGCAAGUUGGAAUGCAUGAUAUCAUCCGUAGCUUCCGUCAAACCAUGAAUCAGUUCAGCAGUGAACCUGGCCGAUACAGAUUUAUGGGCUCUGAUGGUGAUGAAAAGGAAGACAUUGAAGCCACAAUGAUGUAUUAUGGAACAACUUUUGUCCAAGAAGCAGAUUUUCCCUUCAAUUUCAACCUCAUUAACAUGAAAAAUCUAUCGGGCAACGGUAUUUUUGAAGCUGUCAACUUGUGGAUGAAAAACAUGCCUGCAGGAAAAUGGCCAAACUGGGCGGUUGGAAGCCCUAACGCUGCUCGGAUUUCAUCUCGGAUUGGGAAGGAGUACGUCAACGUUAUGAACAUGCUGCUUUUAACCCUCCCUGGGACUCCUGUAACUUACUAUGGUGAAGAAAUAGGCAUGGAGAACAUUGCGUCAGAAAAUGUAAGUGAAGGGCCUAUAUACUCUGACCCCGUUGCAACCUUUCCAGAGAAAUCCCCCAUGCAGUGGGACGGCAAAGUUAACGCUGGUUUUACUGAAGGCAACAGUAGCUGGUUACCUAUUAACUCUGACUACCAAAGCGUAAAUGUUGAAAUCCAGAUGACCUGGUCCAACUCAACCCUGAAUUUGUACAGAGAGCUAACUUUACUUCGUAACAACGAGCUGCCCCUUCAUCGGGGGUGGAUGUGCUACAUCUGGAAUGACAGCAAUGUCUUUGUGUAUGUGAGGGAAUUGGAUGGGUUAGACAAAGUCUUCAUGAUGGUUCUCAAUUUUGGGCAGGGAUCAACAAUAGACCUGAAAGCUAUAGUUCCUAGCCUUCCAUCUGAAGCUAUUAUAAAACUAAGCACUAAUUUUAGCAAUGCUGGUAAAACUGUCAAUACCAAACUAAUUAAAACUGAAAUGGGAGAAGGCCUGGUCCUUGAAUAUAAAACAGCAAAGCCUGUUCAUACUAUGGAAGCUUUUCAAGGGAAUUGUUUUGUGGCAGAAAAAGCUUGUUAUUCCAGUGCCUUCAACUUACUCUACGUGAACUGUUAA